GGCCAGUCUUCAGAGCGGGCGAGCACCGUCUCCUCCCUCUCUUUUAGCGUUUGCCAAAGAAGAUGCCUAAGACUGUGGUCAUCGACGGGCGCGCCCACAUGCUGGGCCGCCUGGCCUCUGUGGUGGCCAAGCAGAUUCUUGCCGGGCAGCAGAUUGUGGUCGUCCGCGCCGAGGAGAUUACCAUCUCGGGCGGCCUGGUGCGCCAGAAGAUGAAGUAUGACCGCUUCCUGCGCAAGCGCAUGAACACCAACCCCACCCGCGGCCCCUUCCACUUCCGCGCCCCCUCGCGCAUCUUCUGGCGGACUGUGCGCGGCAUGAUCCCCCACAAGACCGCUCGCGGUGCCGCUGCCCUGGAGCGCCUCAAGGCGUUCGAGGGUAUCCCCCACCCUUACGACAAGGUGAAGCGCCUGGUGGUGCCCGACGCCCUGAAGGUCCUGCGCCUGCAGCACGGCCACCGGAACUGCAAGCUGGGCGACCUGUCCGCCUCGGUGGGCUGGAAGCACCAGGCCGCCGUUGCCGAGCUGGAGGAGAAGCGCAAGGCCAAGGCCAAGGCCUUCUACGUGGCCAAGAAGAAGCUGGUGGCCCUGCGCUCCAAGGCCGCUGCCCAGGUCAAGGCGUAAUUUGGAGGUGUUUGGUGCUGUGGAGCCAGCCCGCGCGCCACGCGGCAGGGAAGGAGAGAGCAGUGUCGAUGGACGUGUAAUGGUUUAAACGU